AUGGAACAGUUGAAAGAUGGCUUCAAAACUGAACGCACCAACUGGGAAACCGAAAAGGCUGCUUUCUUGAAACGGGCUGAAGACGUCGAAGCAGCUCUUAAACCGAUGGAGGAAGAGCUGACUGGGCUGAAACAUCAAGUGAACGUCAUGACAGCUGCAGUUUUUGGUAAUCGUAUUGCUCAUCUAGGCGCAGAUAUACGGAUGAAGUUGAAGGCAUCUUACACAUUGAUUGAGCAACUGUAUACUGCUCUGACCCGGAUCAAUGACGUGGCGGCCAUCCAUCCAUCCAUCCACCCCCUGCCCACCAUCUAUCCCCCUGCCCUCGUCUCCCACCCACCCACCACGAUCCCUUCCCUCCCCUCGCCCUCCCGCAUCGCGCCGCCAUCCACCUCGUCUCCCCGAUCCAGAUGGAGAUCCAAAGCCCUAGCCCACUCUCCCCUGCUCCGCCUCCAUGUCCAUGGCGACGGACGCCUCCCCCCUCCGGCGCGCAAGAGCCCGGGGCCUCAGCCGGCGGCAGAACCCCCUGAAGACAGCGUCCCGCCGCUGCCGGCGGGGUAUAUCUUCAUGUGCAGCGGCGAGACCAAGCCCGAGUGCUUCAGUUACAGGGUGCUGGGUCUGCCGCGGGGGAAGCUGGACGCCGUCUCCCCGAUCAGGCGUGGCGCUGUGCUCUUCCUCUACGACUUCCACGCCAAGUACCUCUACGGGCCCUACCACGCCAAGACGGUGCGCGCGCUGCUGGCGGUGCUCGGCGAGGACGACCGCCGAGAGGGGAUGCGCAGGAUGCCCAAGCGCGUCGCCAAGGCCUUCCGCGACGGCACCCGAGGGAACCAGGCUCUCAAAACCAAGUCAAACUCCGACAGCAAGUCAUUGGUCGAGAUAAGGGGGCGGACGAUGCAAGCGAAGCGGCGAAUCAUCAGAUACCAGGUGAAUAAGAAGCUGCUAGAUUUGAGUGGUAUCGUCACUGUAUUCUUCUGUGGUAUUGUGAUGUCACAUUACACCUGGCAUAACAUGACAGAGAGAGUUACAACAAAAUGCUGGCAUUUGUUCAUGUCGCAAGCUCCAGGAUGAAAAGUGAAGAAGCAUUUAGUUCUAGCUCAUUGGAGCUAGUUAUACUUUUAUAGAUAGUUAUAUUUUGAUAUUUGGCUGUGUUCUUGGUGGUUGUAAACCUGAUGUGAAGUAUGUUCGAUUAUAAACGUGGUGUGAACUAUGUUUGAUUGUAAUGUACCAUAUUUGGUUGUUUGAUCUGUUUGAAGUAUUACUUCUAUUUUUAGUA